UUGUCUUAGGGUUGAGCUUCCUAAAACACAGAUCAGGUAUUCCUCCUUCAUUUUCUUUGGCUCUUAUCAACAAAGCACUCUGGGACUCAGAAACUAAGGACAGAGACAGGGAGGAGGAGAGGAGGAGGAAGAAAGAGACAGUGAGGAGGAGAGGAAAGGACGAAAGAGAAAAGAGAAAGAAUGAAUUCAUCCACAUCACCAGCAUCACAAAGCACAGAGAGAAGAUGCUUCUCUUCCCAGCUGUUCUUGUGGGCCAUUGCUGGCACUGCCAUCCUGCUCCUGAGUGCCUGUUUUAUCACCAGAUGUGUUGUGACAUAUGGCAUCUUUCAACUAUGUGAUGAGAAAAAGUUCCAGCCACCUGGGGAUUCCAUGGAACUCUCCUGCUAUAAUGAUGGAUCAGGUUCAGUCAAGAAUUGCUGUCCAUUGAAGUGGGUCCAUUUUCAAUCCAGCUGCUACUUCUUUUCUGUUAACAUCAUGUCCUGGACAGCAAGUCUAAAAAACUGCUCGAGCAUGGGCGCUCACCUGGUGGUUAUCAACACGCAGGAGGAGCAGGAAUUCCUUCACCAUGCAAAACCUAGAAACAAAGAGUUUUAUAUUGGACUGACAGACCAGGUGGUUGAGGGUCAGUGGAAAUGGGUAGAUGGUACACCUCUCACAAAGUCUCUGAGCUUCUGGGAUGCAGGGGAGCCCAACAACCUGGUUACCUUGGAGGACUGCGCCACCAUAAGGGACUCCUCAAAUCCAAGGCAAAACUGGAAUGAUGUGCCCUGUUUCUCCAGUAUGUUUCGGAUUUGCGAAAUGCCAGAAAGAAAGAUUUGAGAAAAGAAAAAUCUUCAAGACACGAGGCACAACCCUAAAAUGUAUAAAUGGAAAAGAACAAGCGAUAAUCAUAACCACACAACUCCAAUGUGAGAAAAGCAGGCAUUGCACUUUUUUAGGACUUGAUAAAUGUUUUCUGCUUUGAUAUAAAAAUAAGUCAUUUUGAAGGUAUAAUUCAUGGUGUGCAUUUUUGUCUACAUCGGUCUUGGGAUUUCUCAGACAAGCUUCUCUAGCAAUGCUGCGAGAAGGGCUAUUCCUUUUUCCUUUCGGUAUAAAUGCUUCAUUUAUGAGUAUUUAUGUGAAAGUACAGGGACACAAACAAGCACCAAAUCCAGCAAAGAAGAGAAUUUUGGAAAGUGUCUUAAACAGUUCAAAUUCAGUCUCUGUGUCAUGUCUUCUUUAUAGUUCCUGAAAAAUCUGUCUUCUUGAUUUCAUUUUGUUUUCUACCCCCUACCCAAGCAUAUCACUUCACUGUGUUCUUCUCUAUAAUGAGUAGGAAA